UGCGCAGACCAUAAGCGUUGGUGUUGAACGUGAAGUGACAGCAAGUUCACUUCGGACCUCCCUUGACAUGACACACACCUAAAAAAAACGCCCGUUUAGGUGGAAAUUGGUAAUUCAGUCACCGAGUACGAGUGCAUGAUCUGCUCACAGGACGAGGACAAAAAGAAGUGGAAGAGAAACGAAAGCGUGAAACACACUGAGAAUGACGGCCACUCUGGAGCUGCUGGAGCUGAGGAGGAGAGUGGCGUCCGAGCUGACCACCGCGGGGUCGGGACCGCAGGUCAAAGCCGGGGUCCAGUCCAUGGCGGAGCUCCCUCUGCCCCUGAACCAGAAGUACCUUAGCAUCGACGCCGCAGCCAUAGUGCGGGGGAACACCGUGGGCGACGGCAGGGCGCAGGUUGUGGAGCGAAUGGGCAGACUGGUCAAAGCUCUGAAUGUUUUGGAGAAGUAUGGCCUCAACCUGCACAACCUUGCCAGACCCCGUUACUGGCGCAGUGUCAAGCACAACAACCCCAUCUUCAAAGCUCAGGUGGACAGCAUGCAGGGUGGGCGGGGCAUCCUCUAUCUCUAUGGUUACACCGUCCAGCAGGUCGACGGCCUGGUGUUCCCUGACGACGUCCUGCAGCCCGAUAGAGACAAGGUCGCCGCGGUGACCCUCGAGGUCACGUGCCUGCGCUUGGAGCUGGAGAUGCUCAUCAAGGGAAACCAUCCUAAUCCAGAUUUCUUUAAAGACGUCCUCCCAUUGGUCGUUCCAGAGGUCCAGCAAAUGACGGCCACUCUGGAGCUGCUGGAGCUGAGGAGGAGAGUGGCGUCCGAGCUGACCACCGCGGGGUCGGGACCGCAGGUCAAAGCCGGGGUCCAGUCCAUGGCCGAGCUCCCUCUGCCCCUGAACCAGAAGUACCUUAGCAUCGACGCCGCAGCCAUAGUGCGGGGGAACACCGUGGGCGACGGCAGGGCGCAGGUUGUGGAGCGAAUGGGCAGACUGGUCAAAGCUCUGAAUGUUUUGGAGAAGUAUGGCCUCAACCUGCACAACCUUGCCAGACCCCGUUACUGGCGCAGUGUCAAGCACAACAACCCCAUCUUCAAAGCUCAGGUGGACAGCAUGCAGGGUGGGCGGGGCAUCCUCUAUCUCUAUGGUUACACCGUCCAGCAGGUCGACGGCCUGGUGUUCCCUGACGACGUCCUGCAGCCCGAUAGAGACAAGGUCGCCGCGGUGACCCUCGAGGUCACGUGCCUGCGCUUGGAGCUGGAGAUGCUCAUCAAGCCCAACUCACCUCCCUCCGCCCCCACCGGGACCUCCCCCGUGAGCCCCACCGCCCCUCGGCCCUCCACCGCCCUGCCCCCCAAGCCCGCCCCCAGGCGUCUCUCCCGGCCUCCGCCGGGACCGGAACCCCCCGCAGCUACCCCACCGUCUCCCCUCCCCUCAGACGACGGGUGUCACUUGUGUGGCGUCGUUCCCACGGUAACCUGUGCGUCGUGCUCCCCCCUGCUCUUCUGCGACGUGUGCGAUGGAAUCUUCCACCGCAACCCAGCGAGAGCCAAUCACAAGAGAGAGCCGAUUCCACCCGCCAAAAAGGUGGAUAUGGACUGCCCCGUCUGUGUCAUGAAGUUCUGCCUGGUGUGUGACGGGGUCUACCACCAGCACCCCGAGCGCGCCGGGCACCCGAGGACCGCCCUGACGCCGCCCAGGGCCAGCAGUUCCGUCCCGUCCACGUGGACGUGCGGCCAUUGCUCCGUGGAGAACCCGAUGCAGACGGUGCUCUGUGACGGCUGUAAGCGCCCCCGUCUGGCCAGCCCCAGCCCCCGGCCCCAGGAGGACACCCCAAAAGGCCCCCUGUCCCCCACCACCGAUUGGCAGUGCACCAGCUGCACUGUGAUGAACAAGGCCACCCGCGUCCUGUGCGCGGUGUGUGAGCGCCCCGCCUGGCCCACCGGCCGUCCCUCGCCACCCUCGCCCGGACCGCGCCGAAGCUCCUGGGCGCCCCCGCCACGCAGCCUGGCUAUUGCCAGACCGAGCUCCAUCGUAGAUUACACGUUGUGGACCUGCCAGGCGUGCACCUACCGAAACCUCGCCUCCUCCACAGCGUGUGAGAUGUGUGCCUCUCCGCCCGGAGGCGGAGGAGGAGGAGGAGGAGGAGGAGGAGGGGGAGGAGGAGGAGGAGGAGGAGGAGGAGGAGGAGGAGGAGGAGGAGGUGGGGUGAUUCCUGGCCCGGCCCCGGCCCGCGUCCCGGAUCAGAUCCCAGCCAGAGCCCCCCCCCAGGACUUCAGCCCAGACCAGCUCCUGGACCAGCAGAGAAGGGCCAGCCGGGAGGAAAGCCUGCAGCUCAUCCAGCACAUCAAGGAAGCGGAGAAGAGGGGCGUGUCCCCGGAGGAGGUGUGCGCCGCCCUGGCCUCCUGCGGGGGCAGCAACGUCCACCCCUGCGACUGGCUGGACCUGGAGCUCCCCCACCUGUUGGACGAGAUCUGCGCCAUGGCCACCAGCUCGGCCAAGCUGGACCGCACCGCAGUGCAUGCUGGGACGGAGGGCGCCCCAGAGGAGGGGCUGCGGGGUCCCGGUGGGGGGGGAGGGGGGGCGGAGAUGCAGCUGUCCCGGGCGGAGGCCAAGAGGGCGUGGCUAGCCGCAGGGGGCGACGUCCAGAAGGCUGUGAAGAGGCUGCUGAGAGAGAGAAGGGCCAAGAUGCGGGAGCUGCGUUCCUUGGGCUUCCAGGACGCGCCGCGGUGCGAGGAGGCCCUGCGGCAGAGCGGGGGGCAGCUGGACGGGGCCCUGGUCAAGCUGCAGUGGCCCCUGAUGGAGCCCUUCCACCAGCGCCUCGCCACCGACCAACCCAAGGCCCGCAUCGACACCAAGAACCCCGACAAACAGAGAGCAUGCCGCCGUUUGCUUGCAUUCUACGACCUGCCCAGCUGGGGGCGCUGUGAGCUGGCGCUGUCCCUGCUACAGGAGGACGGGUUGGAAUACACCCUGGAGGACGUGGUGGAGGUGGUGAUGUAUUCCCAGGACCGGGAGCGCAUCCUCCGCAUCCUGAAAAUAGAGUGCCAGUCGUGCCUCUGCUGUUUCCCCCAGAACAAGCUGCAGUCGCUGACAUCGUGCCAGUGCGUCAUGUGCCAAGGAUGCUUCAGGCAGUUCUUUGAGAUUUCUGUGCGGGAGAAGCACGUCACGGAAAUCGUGUGCCAGUUCUGCGACAGUCUGGACCAGAGCGACCCGGAGCAGAUGGAUACGUACUUCUCCACUCUGGACACACAGCUGCGCGACUGCCUGGACCCCGAAGUGUUCGAUAUCUACUCCAAGAAGUUGAUGGAGUACACCAUCAUGAAGGACCCCAAGUUCCUGUGGUGCUGCCACUGCACAUUCGGCUUCAUCUACGAGGGCAACCGGCUCAAGAUCCAGUGCACCAGUUGCUAUAAGUCCUUCUGUUCCCAGUGUAAGAAGCCUUGGGAGCCCCAGCACCAGGACCUGAGCUGUGAGAUGUUCCUGCAGUGGAAGCGGGACAACGACCCGGAGUGGCAGAAACAAGGCCUGGCGGGCUUCCUGCAGGAGAACGGCAUCACCUGUCCGAGCUGUGGUUUCCAGUAUGCGCUGGCCAAAGGAGGCUGCAUGCACUUCACGUGCUCGCAGUGCAAACACCAGUUCUGCAGCGGCUGCAACAACCCCUUCCACAAGGCGCUGUGUAAGAACGUUCCGUGUAUGAUAAACGGUCUCCACGCCCACCACCCCCGGGACUGCCUGUUCUACAUGAGGGACUGGGAACCCGACCGCCUGAAGGAACUCCUCCAGCUCAGCGCCGUGGUGUUCAACACUGACCCCCCUGCAGACUCCGAGAACUUGGAUGCCUGCAGCGUCAUGCAGCAGAAGGAGGAAGGAGUCCAGCUGUUGGACCAGACGUGCGGGAAUAAGACGGAACCGGGGCAGGCCGGACUCUGCGAGAAGCACUACAGGGAGUACCUGGUGAGCCUAAUCAACGACAACUCCCUGGACCCGGCGCCGCUGUACGACGGCGGGGAGCUGGCCGCGGCGUGCGCCCGGUACAGCGUGGUCGUCCAGAGGGGAGAGGGCGAGGAGGAUGACCCCUACAACGCCCGCCUGCUGGAGAAACUCAAGGAGGUUCCCCUUGGAGAUAACGUUCCUCGACGCAAAUGAAGAUCGCUUUUCCUAAAUAAAGACUUCAAUUUAGAUUGCGCUAUAUGCUUGGUAAAACUGCCUGGUAAUACACUGAUGAUUAUAUAUUAUAUAUAUAUAUAUAUUAUAUAUUUGUUUUAAAGAGAUGGCCUUAUAUCCACCUUUUAUCUGAAAAAUAAGUGAUAAAUAGGUAGACAUUAAUCAAUCCAUCAGUAUUUUCGGGGGGGAGUUUUCUCAAGUUUAUUUUUAUAAUUGUCUGACGAGUAAAAACUCGCUCCUGGAAUCAGUGUCUGGUAAUAGGGAUUCUGUGUGGAUCCUUCUUGACUCAUGCAUGAUGAGUCAUGAAGGAGAAAAGGUGUGUCAAACAUUGUUUUGUUAAGAGACUGCCAACUGUUAUAGAGAAUUUUAUGGGGACUUUAUCAGGCUCAGUUGGUGAAUCAUGUUUUAAUAUGAAGAGGCUAUGCACAUCGACUAUUUUGGGAAUCUGUAACUGGGUCGUGAAUAAAACCAAUAAAAAAAAAA